CCAGAGUGCAACAGAGGUGGGCGGUUCACUGACAUGUGCAUUUGUUAUUGUUUAUUACGCUCAUGCACUCAUCAAGAUCAUAGACACACAUAGAAGGACAUGGAAGACUUCAGGUGAUCUGAUUCUUCAAUAAACCUAUUUUUUUAUUAAGUGCAGUCAUAUGAUCUGAUUUAUAGCCAUUGCUAUGGAGGAAAAGAGAACUGUGACUUUCCGAGAUAUCGCCAAGAGCUAUUUCUCACAGACGAGGGUAGACUGCCGCUACACUAUCAGCAGUCAUCACAGCUGGAGCAGUCAUGACUGGAUAGGGCUUUUUAAGGUGGGAUGGCUGACAGUGAACGAUUACUACACUUUUGCCUGGGCUCUAGCACCAGAAGGGUACCAAACAGGAACAGAUGCAAACUGCAGUGUGGCCUUCCACUCAUCUUAUCUACCAAAACCUGGCGGGGAAGCAUAUCAGUUUGCUUAUGUGGAUGAAUGUGGCGAGAUAUGUGCCAUCAGUUCUCAGUUUACUUUUUGUGCUCCAAGACCUCUGGAUGAACUUGUUACGCUAGAGCAGGAGAAAAAUGGUGAAGAAGAGGAGGAUGGAGACGACCUGCUGGUGGUGGUGCCAAAGGCUCUGAUACUGCAGAAUCUCUUAGAAGGAUGUCAGCUUGAGUUACGUGAGCUGCGUAAGAGGUUUGAGGCUGCGGAUGCUGAGGUCGAGAGAGAAAGGGAGAGAUGGAAAGCUGAAAAAGAUGAGCUUGAACGAGUAAAAAAUGAGAUGAAGAGUCAGACCGAUGAGCUAAAAAACAACCUGAGGCAAAGCGCUGAAAAAAUUGAGGAACUCGAACAAAAACAAAAGGACGUGCAAAGCAUGACUACUGAACUUAGCGGGCUGCUAGCAGAUAGAGAUGAAAACCAACAGCAAAUCAAAGAGCUCCAACGGGAUGCUGCCACUCUGACUCAACAAAAGCAGGACAUAGAGGCCGAGCUUGACAGAAUGAAAGAAAGAGUUAAAAAGAUGACCAUACAAAGGCGAGAUGAGGAAAAAGAGAGGAGAGAUUUACAGGUAGAGAACGAGCAGACUCAUGCUGAGCUGCGGACCCUGCAGGAGCGUCUGGAGGCCAGCGAGCGCAGCACUGAGGCCCUCCGCAGGGACCUGAGUGACCUGGGCUCCUUACAGAGUCACAGCCAUGCAGAACUGCAUCAGGUCAGACUUCAGUCUGCACAGAUGAGUUUACAGCUGUCCCAGGCCAACCUGGCACUGCGUGAGGGGCAAGCCACCUGGGCCCAGGAGAGGGAGACUUUAAGACAAAGUGCAGAGUUGGAUAAGGAUCGUAUUCAGAAACUGAGCCGUGAGCUUCAGAAGAAGGAAGAGUGGCUUCAGGAGGAGAGAACUGAGCGAGAAAAACUGGAAGUGGAGCUGGGCAACGAGAAGGACUGUAACCGGGAACUGAGAGCUAGUCUGAGAGUCCUGCAGAAGGAACAAGAGCAGCAUCAGCUGGAGAAACAGGAGCUCUUAGAUCAUAUCCAUGUGCUGGAGCUGAGACUAGACACAGAGACAGAUGCGAAGUGGGCCGAGGCUGCAGCUAGCAUUGAUAGCCCUCCAUCGGUUGAAGAAAAGCCACUGCAAGAAACUUUAUCUGAGCAGUCUUUAUGCGUGGUAGAUCGUGAACAGUCCAGCUUUCAUGGGUCAGAAGAACAAAGCCAAAAGGAUAAUGAGAUCGAUAUGAGGCAAGAGGACCUUGAAGUGGAGCCUUAUUCCAGUGUCACUGCUGACAAAUCUUUAUUGCUUUCUGAGAACAACAACAGUGUAUUCAGCAGUGGUCUUGCUGAUGCCCCCGUGUGGUGAACCAUACGAAUGAACCUGUGUGGAGCUUGUUUACAUCAGAGCAUGGUCCUGUGCUCCUGAUCAGUGUGAAAUAUCAUUUGUUCCAGUAGUGUGCCAGUAUGAGUUUCCCUUAAGAGUAGGUGAAGUUUAGGUAUGUUUUCUAGAUAUUCCAUUUAUAGCGCGCAUUAAUAUAUAAACGAAUAAAGGCAGUGGAUUGGGUUGUACUUAACUUCAAGGGGUCAUAGUUACAGUGUAAUUAUACAUUUAAGUACUGAGUGAUAUUGAUUAACUACAUGAAUUUACGUGGUUAGGGUUUGGCUUAAGGUUACUUGCAUGUAAUUAUGCAUCAUUUAAUGUGUAUUAAUCAUGUAAUGUGUAACAAGGACGUCUUAAAAUAUCGUGUUGCCUUGGAUUGAGAUAUUUUAGAUAAAUGAGCAAAGGAGCUGCCUAUUAGAUAAUUUUAUUAUGAAAUUAAAUAACAUUAAAGAA